AUGGUUGCCCGAGUACUGUUGGGGUUGCAGUCUCCCUUUUUCCCAGGUGCACUCUAUAUUCUGUUGGUCAGCUCUUGGUAUAAGCCACAAGAAAUUGCACCUCGCGUUGCAAUUCUCUAUUGUGGCAACACAAUUGCAAAUGGAUUUGGUGGACUACUCGCAGCUGGUAUCUUGAAUGGUCUAAAUGGCGCCGGAGGUCUUGCCGGUUGGAGGUUCGCAAUUCUCCUUCCAUUGUCCAAAAGCUUUGAAGCUAAUGAAAUACGAAAGGUGCCUGUUCAUUAUUGA